AUGUCUACCAGUGCCCAUGUCUCCAAAGUUUGUUCAUUGUACAAAAGGAUUCUCGUGCUCCAUCGGUUCAUGCCGAUACAUUUGAGAGCCCUUGGCGACAACUAUGUGAAAGACGAGUUCAGAAGACACAAGAACGCUUCGCCCGAAGAAGCCAAGAGCUUCAUGAGGGAAUGGGAGAACUACAAAGACACUCUGCAGUCCCAGGUUCUGGAAUCAGUGAAGGAAAAAAACGCUUCUGUGAAAUUCGGGCUCAACAUGCCGGAGGAAAAACUGAAAGACUUCCAAGAUGAACAGAUUGGCCAACUGUAUGAACUCCUGCUUGAAUCCACCAAGCCCAACAGACAGUUUAAUAUUCAGGAGGAGACUAAAUGA